AAGCUCCAUGUAGUUUGGUAGAGAGACCGCUCUGCAGGAAUCCUGCAGAGCAUGGUGAGGAGAGGAGAAUCAGAUCUGUGUAAAUAAUUGCCCUCUACUCGCUCCAUUGUUUAUCGCUUCGAAGGUUUUCUAGCGAUAUAAACCCUAAUAAUAUUCGCUGUAUAUUUUGUUUGUAAUGGUAAAAAGAACAUUAAAGGAGAGAAAAGACUAUGGUGGAUGCGAACAAGAUGAUGAAGACGAUGAAGAUGAGCAUGAAGAGACAGAAGCGGAAGAAGAAGAGAGUAAGAAAAAGGAUUUAAUUGGGGUUUCUGGAGCGAAGAGAGAAGUUGUGAAUUUCCAGAUGCUUUGUUGUCAAGCUGAUGGUUGUGAUGUCGAUUUAAUAUCAGCAAAGAGGUACCAUCGCCGCCACAGGGUUUGCGAGCGACAUGCCAAGGCGGCGGUCGUUUUGGUCGGUGGUAUCAAUCAGAGAUAUUGCCAGCAAUGCAGCAGAUUCCAAGUAUUAUCACAGUUUGAUGAUAACAAGAGAAGUUGUAGGAAAAGGUUGGCUGGCCACAACGAACGACGGAGGAAGAGCCAGUCCGAGGAUGCGGGACGCUCACAGCUCCUUGGGCAAAAACAUCACCCACCAUGAGAAUGUGCACUGUAAAUGACUUAUGAAGGGAAUCCUAGUGUCAAAGCAUUUACAAAUUAGGUGACCCAUACAUGGUUAUUUCCCAUUGCAUCUGAUACAUAUAUUCCUCUUUGCAAACAUGAUGUAACAUUGAUGUUAAAAGUUAAAAUGCAUGUAAGAGGUAAGAGGUGGAUUAAUUGGAUGAUGUGGCUAUUUUAAGAGGUUGUGACUUCCUACCAA